AUGGUAAGGGGCCGCAGGGCCGAGGGAACGCACGCACGCACGUACACGCACUUUGGAGGGGCGGGCCUGCGAGGUUACACCCAGCGCCUCUCAUGCGAUCUCGCGAUAGCCAUAGAGGAGAGUGCGGAAGCUCAGUUCGUGCAGGAUGCGGUUCCUGAAGUCCGGUCUGUUGAAGAGUCUUCAAAAUCUGCUGCAAAUCCAAACUCUGACAAGAGCAAUACCAAGAACCCAACAUCAGUAACUCCUAAGAAGGAUGACUCCAGCAGACCUUCUCUGCCAUCUAAACUGGAAAAUUUGAUCCCAAAAGAUAAACCUGGCAAACCCAGUUCGGAAAAAGAGACCCAAGAACAAACCCCUGGCAAGUCCAGUUCUGAAAAAAAAGAGGCCGCAGGAGUUAAUUCUGACAAGUCCAGUUCAGGAAAAGAGACCGCAGGAGAUCCUUCUGAGAAGGCCAAUUCAGAAAAAGAGACCCCAGGAGAUAGUUCUGACAAGGCCAAUUCAGAAAAAGAGACCCCAGGAGAUAGUUCUGACAAGGCCAAUACAGGAAAAGAGACCCCAGGAGAUAGUUCUGACAAGGCCAAUUCAGGAAAAGAGACCCCAGGACAGACCCCUGCUAAGUCCAAUUCAGAAAAAGAGCCACCAAAAAAUAAUCCUGGCAGGCCCAGACAGACCCAUGACACGUCCGAUUCGGAAAAAGAGACCCCAGGACAGACCCAUGACACGUCCAAUUCGGAAAAAGAGACCCCAGGACAGACCCCUGGCACGUCCAAUUCGGAACAGAAAACCCCAGAAAGACCCUCCAGUAAGGAGCAACUCCCUGAGCCUGGGGUGAUUGCAUCAUCCGAGAAAGAUCCACUUCAUAAAACGGGAGCAGAACCUGGUGAGAAAGAGUCCACAGACUUGGAUCCUGCCUCUCCACAGCAGGAAGGAGAUGGCAAGGCUUCAGAACCUGUGGAAGAUGAGGAGCCCAUGCAGAUUGAGGGAGAUGAGGAAGAGCCUAAAGAGGAGGCUUCACCCAAAGAAGGGAUGGCGGGCCAUGCCUCCAGUGAGAAUGGAAAAGGUCUCCCUUUGGAUUUGCUUGACAAUGAAAAGGAUGACUUUUUAAAAGAUAAUACUGGAACUGGCAAUGCGGAGAGCAGCCACUUCUUUGCCUACCUGGUGACCGCUGCCAUUCUGGUCGCUGUCCUCUAUGUAACCUAUCACAACAAGCGAAAGAUUAUUGCUUUUGUCUUGGAAGGAAAACGAUCCAAAGUCACUCGGCGGCCAAAGGCCAGUGACUACCAACGUCUGGACCAGAAGUUUAUCUUAAUUCUGAAUGUAUAUAUUCUUCUGGAAAAAGAUGGACGUCACCAAUGAAUUAUGUUGCUUUCAUUUCAGAUUUGA